UUACGUAACUCGCGGACAAAACGGCUGUAUGUUCAGGACCGCGAGUCAAUGCGUUCUCCUGUACCGAGAACUGUAAGAAUGCUUUGACAUUUUUUUUAUUUAUUAUUUCGGUAGCGUAACUUAUCUGUGAAUGUCACUCGCAAGCAUGUCGUUGCGAAGACUAGACCAAGGAUAUGCUUUGGAGGAAAGGGGAAGGUUUUUUAUAGCGCCUGAAACAGGAGGCGACUGGGACGAGGAGGACCAUGUUGAUCACCGUCGGCUAGUUUUAUCGAAAGCCGAUGCUUUAGCGUCGGAAAACCGUCUCAAAGAAGCUGUCGAUAUGUUUUCCACGGCCCUCCGAUGUGGCCCGGUCCGGCCGGACCAGCUGAGCAGUUUAGUCGGAUGCGUUCUGCGCAACUUCAAGAAGAAAUCAGAAGAGCAUUCAGCGAAAAGUGAGCUGAACUGGACGCAGGAUUGUGAAUUUGACUGCCCUGGUUGCCAUAGUUUCUUAGCCGAGCCCGUGACGGUGACUUGCGGACACACGUAUUGUAGGAGAUGUUUACAGCAUGGCACUUUUUCCAAAUGCAAACUGUGCAGCGAAGACAUUAGGAGAAGGCCCGGGGAUCCCCGACAAAAUGUGAUCAUAUGUGGACUUUUAGAGAAGUGGUUCCCCGGAGACGUGAAAAGAAUUAAAUGUAUAGGGGAAGCUGAAAGCCUGUUGAAGGGGAAACAUUACGACGAUGCUAUUGCACUAACCAGUCAGUUAUUAGAAUCUGACUCUAGUAAUGUGUGGGUGCGGGUGUGCCAUGCCGAGGCUCACAGAGGACUGAAGCAGUACCGUCAGGCUUUAGAAAACUGGGAGUCCUGCCUGAUUGCUACCCCAACCCCAGAGGGAUAUUUCCGGAAAGCAAAAAUUCUUCAAGAGAUGGGUCAUGUAGAUGACUCUCUUCAGGUCUUCCUUCAGUGUUUGGCAUUGGAUGAAGACUUCUAUCAGGCCAAGCAAGAGGUGGAAUUGAUCUUGCAUGACCUGUUGGCUCCAGCCUGUGAUAAUGUCAAGGUUGGUUUGAGAGAGACAACCCACAACACUUCCUCACACUUGCGCAGUAAAACCCUGGUCUCCGAGGGCCAGGAUCGAGACCAGAAGACCCAGUUGCAAGCCCAGCACCAGUCUGAAACAUGGGCAGCAUCUUUCCACCAGCCCCCUACGACCUCAGAGAAACCAGGUCGGUCUGAAAGUCUGGAGCGCUCCGGCCUGAACAGAGCUCACUCACUUCGUGCUCAUGGGAUAGCCGGAGCUGUAGAGGAGGGGCUUAAAAGAGUUAGCUCCGCCCCUCAGUUGGGUGACCCAGAAAAAGGCGUGCUGCUAAAGAGGAAGCUUUCUGUGUCUGAAGCAGGGCCUGGCGUGGCUUACAGCCACAGCAGUAAAUAUAAAAAGCAAGUAGCGACCGCUAGCGCAGCUACUCCCGUGGUUACCGAGGAAACCAAGUUCCUUCGAACCUUGCCAAAAGACCUGCUGGACCCAAAUGAUUUCGAAUGCUCUCUCUGUAUGAGGUUAUUUUAUGAGCCUGUCACGACACCAUGUGGCCACACGUUCUGCAAAAACUGUCUGGAGCGCUGUCUAGACCACAAUCCCCAGUGCCCUCUUUGCAAAGAAAGCCUGAAAGAGUAUCUUGCCUUCAGAAAGUACACAAUCACACAAGUGCUGGAUAACAUCAUUAAGCAGUAUCUAUCCAAGGAACAUUCAGAAAGACUGAAGCUGCAUAUAGAGGAAACAAAAGAGCUCUCGGAUUUAACAAAGAAUGUGCCCAUCUUUGUUUGUACCAUGGCCUACCCUACUGUGCCUUGCCCCCUUCAUGUUUUUGAGCCACGAUACCGUCUCAUGAUCCGACGCUGUAUGGAAACCGGGACACGUCAGUUCGGCAUGUGCAUCAGCGACUCCCAGAAAGGGUUUGUGGACUACGGCUGCAUGCUCCAGAUCCGAAGCGUGCAUUUCCUCCCAGAUGGGCGCUCUGUUGUGGAUACUAUCGGAGGAAAGAGGUUUCGCGUCCUCUCACGUGGAAUGAGAGAUGGAUACUGUAUAGCCAACAUCGAUUAUCUGGAGGAUAUGAAAGUCAAUGAUGAGGAGGAUUUGGAGAAGUUACAAGUGUUACAUGAUCAGGUGUAUGAUCAGGCCCGUAAAUGGUUCCAGAACCUGGAGAACCGCUUCCGGAACCAGAUCCUGCAGCAUUUUGGGCCCAUGCCAGAGAGAGAGGCUGACAUCCAGGCUACACCUAAUGGUCCAGCAUGCUGUUGGUGGCUGCUAGCUGUUCUUCCUGUGGAUCCACGUUACCAGCUGUCUGUCCUUUCCAUGACGACACUAAAAGAGCGACUAGUCAAGAUCCAGCACAUCCUCACCUACCUGCAGAACCUUUCCAGUGACUAGAGCUUCCACACAGAACUCCGUUUCCACCAGCUAAUGUCUGUGUCCUUCUCCUGGCCAACAUGCAAACACUCUAUGGUGCUGACUGACGAAGAACUAAUGAGAUUUCAAGGAGACUCCACUCAAAGCCCUUCGCGGAUUUUUAUCUGUGGGCUUAGAUGUAAUUCACGCCGAGAGGGUUCUAAGAACAAAGUGUUUUUUGUUGUCGCGUAGCGAUCCGUUCAUCACCACUUUUCUUUGUGCAGAUCCCUGUAGUAUUUAUUGUUGAACAGCCUGUCCAUUCUCAUUUAGGAGAAACAAUCUACUUAACGUCACAUACUCAACACCACAUUUCCGUCUAAUGCCCGUAGCCUCCAUACAGUGCUUUGAGGGCAGAAAUAUUGCUGGAGAGCAUUUCAACAUGAUCACACCAUGCUUUGUGUGUGUGCGUGUGUGUAUGUGUGUAUGUGUGUAUGUGUGUAUGUGUGUAUGUGUGUGUGUGUGUGUGUGUGUGUGUGUGUGUGUGUGUGUGUGUGUGCGCGUGCGUGUGUGUGCGUGUUGAAGCGACAGGGAAAAACAAAAUCUUCAAAGUAGAUUUCUGCUCACCAAGGUAGAAGGCAAGACCGUUUUGAAUAUCUUUUUUUGUUUUUCUCUUAAUACUCUGGAAAAUCAAGAGCAGAAAUAUCGCUUCCGAGCAUCCAGUCGAGCUUUCGCACAAGUCGUUGUCGCACAAAAGCUGAGUUGCCUAAGACAGAGAAAACCCUGACGAAGCAUUUGCGUUACGUUUGCAGGAAUGGACGUUAAUGAAGCUCGCGCUGUCCCGUCCUGUCUCAGAGGUGGGACUGUUCAGCGUAGAUUUAUAUCUGUCGGGGGAAAUAAUUAGGACUUCCAAAUAUCUCGGUAGUUUCGUUCUCAUUCAGACGUAUCAUUCGUUUGCUGUGGGUUUGCUUUGGUCAGUCAAAACGGCAAAAUCGACGUGUCACCAUAUUGCAAGCGUCUCUGUUAGUUACAUGCUGCUCUUUGUCAAACUCUUUAGAAAUCAUUUUUAAGAAUGAUGCUGAGAUAUUGAUGUAUUUUAUUUGUGUAAACAAAGGGAAAUUUGCAAUAUUUUGACAGAUGUAGACAAGUAAAAAAAAAAACUGACUAUCGUUGGCUGCAACCAGCACCAUACUCAAAGGAGACCCAGCAAGCAUUCUGAAUCUUGACAGUUAUGAAUGCUAACUCAUUAGCUCAUAUCUGUGUGGUGCUUGUUGUGUGCAGACUAACUUUUGCCUUAUAAUACCUUGUUGCAUUCUGCUCCUAUGGUAUGAUGCAUCGGCUUGGUUUUUUGCAUUCCUGUUGACAGAGAAUUAAUUCUGUGGUUUAAUUUACUUUAUUUGCCUCUUGGCCAAAAUCCUUUUUAAGUGUGUAAAAUAAGUCAGAUAAUGGCUUUGUUGUAUGUAAAUCAUUUUGUUUUGAAUUUUUUUUUUUUUUUUUUUUUACAGCUCUGCUCAAGUAUUUAAGUUGUCAAUUUUCAAAUAAAAUGCACAUCUUUUUCAUUGUA